AUGGAUAUCGACUCGGCCUGGUCAGAAAUGUUUCGCAUUCCCCGUCGAAACGACCAGUUAACGAAAGACAUCAUCAAUGUAACUCAGCAAACAGGAGAUAUCACCCAGCCAGUCAAGAAACUACUUAAGCGACUUUGCGACACCGUCAACAAUUUGAACUGUGUCAUCAACAGUGACUUCAACUCAGGUCUCUUCAGACUAGUCGAUGGAGUUUUCUUCGACGCUUGGCGUUCUUUCUUCCAACCUAUCGAGGCACUCCGACAACUGCCGGCUUGCGGAGACUUUGUCGCAGCGAGAAUGCUUCUUCUCACUGGAUGGGCCUUUAUGCAAGCCCCUGGAGUGGAGAUGGAUUUCAAACACAACAACUUGGCCGAAGAAACAACUCCCUUGCACGAAUACCUCACCGAUCUCGAUGAUGCCCUCCUGGUGCCAUUAAAGAACAUUUGGACGCUCAGUGAAUCUCGCGAGCGUUUCGACUGGGUCUUCACGAACUUUGUUGUCACCGAUAUGGAUGAGCUCACUGAAGCACUUGCACUCUCACCACAAGAGCUCGAGGACGUCGGUGGUAUCAAAGGGGUGGAGUAUUCGUACAACGAUUCAGAUGACCCAUCGAAAUUCACUCUUUACACAGGACCGAUUCCCCGUUGGGAUUGCGGCGAGCAAGACUGGGAUGAGUUCCCGUGGCAGUUGGAGGGCACUGACGGCCCCAUCACUGGAUUCUUGGAAUACAAAGUUCGUCACAACGGUGGAAUUGUCGUCCAGCACAAGGUUCAACUCCUUCGUCGAUCACGUCAAUUCUGUCGAGAUUCCAGGCAAAAGUCUGAAGCGCACAUCGGGCGACAACAGCAUCAAGCAUUUGAGCUGAUGGCUCGCUGCCAUCGCAUCCCUCCCGAAAUCCGAAAUCGAAUCCUGAACUACGUAGAAUAUCGCGACCCAUUUCCUUAUCUUGAAAAGCUUGACCUUGUAGAGGCAUACGCAUCCUUCCCGGGAUUCCACACCUUUCACAAGAACAACUGCGAAACAUGGUCACUCUGCGCCCGACACGACUGCGCAGGACACCACGACGACGAUGAAGACUGGGAGGUCAAAAGAGAUCCUGAUUUCACUAAAUACCUCGAAUCUCAAGCUGCACGGGGUAACGAUGAAUUCGUGUCUCUCGACCGAGUUGGCCUCGGGCCCAUGAACCCCAUCCGAACAGACGUGGCGUCCGACGGCACACGAGAGGCUGCACUAUUCGGCGGCCAAGGUAUCUACAGCGAAUCAACUGAGGAUGUGAAGAUGAUUGGAGGUAUCGGCGGAUUAAAGGACGCCAUGAUUCAUGGAAGAACCCUAACGGCUGCGUGGGAGGGUGAUGACUACGGAGGUAACGAGGUUUACUCUGAUGGUGUCGAAGAUACGGAUCCGACGUGGCAAUAUGGACGUAAUUUGUCCUCCGAAAACACCGCCAAAGAGGUCAUGAAGGGAUUGCACUCGGAACCUGGACACUGUGAGUGGUGCGUAUAG